CAUUUCAACAUUUCCUAAAUAAGUUGAUCGAUAAAAAAACAUUCCUUUUUUUCAUUAGAAAACAAAAUCUUGAUGAAAGAAAUUGGAAAUUGGCCAAAUAUUUUGUAGAUGUUUUGGAAAGAUUUUACAACUAUAAACUUGCAACUAAAGUACUUUAUGAAAUAGCAGAAAUUCAAACUAAAGUGUUAGGUGUUGAUCAUAUUGAUGUUUCAUAUUCGUACAACGAGCUGGGUUUAUUGCUUUGGAAGAAUGGAGAAUAUGAAAAUGCUAAAGAUUUUUCUGAACGAGCCAUGGAAAUUCAAACGAAAGAAUUUGGACCUGACCAUGUUAAUAUUGCGACAACGUACAAUAAUCUGGGUUCGGCUUACGAAGAAAUGGGAGAGUACGAAAAAGCAAAAGAUUUUUAUGAACGAGCGAUAGAAAUUAAAACAAAAACAUUUGGACCUGACCAUGUUAAUAUUGCGACAACGUACAACAAUCUGGGUUCGGUUUACAUUAAAAUGGGAGAGUACGAAAAAGCAAAAGAUUUUUAUGAACGAGCGAUAGAAAUUCAAACAAAAGCAUUUGGACCUGACUAUGUUAAAAUUGCGAUAACAUACAGCAAUCUGGGUUCGGUUUACAUUAAAAUGGGAGAGUACGAAAAAGCAAAAAAUUUUUAUGAACGAGCGAUAGAAAUUAAAACGAAAACAUUUGGACCUGACCAUGUUAAGACUGCGAACACGUACAACAAUCUGGGCUUGGUAUGUCUUGUUUAUACUAAAGAUGAUUAG